AUGAACAUACACAUUGCCUUCUCUCCUUCUCCACUAUCAGAAUACCCACCUAUCAUUGAGUUCCAAGAAAUCAAAUCGGGUUUCUUGAUUCUCGAGAAGACAUUGCAAGCCGAGCGAGUGUCCUUACAGCUGCAGUACAUAUCGAGCAGCGAGUUAUGCAGAGGCAAAUCGACAUGCGUGCCCGAUAUAAGGACAUGGGCAUGCACGAUUUUGCCAGCCGAGGACCACGUCCCGAAGCCCGGACGAAGCCUGCAGGAGGCUAGUGAUGGUCAUUCUGUUUGGCUUGAGGUUCACGUUCUCCAGUCGGCUGAGCAGCCGGAGACGAUGUUUGGUUGGGGCAUUUUGUCGAACAGGUUCUGGGUGUCCCCGAAGGACCCGCAGCGUGCGUACAUGGCGAGGAGGAUGUUGUUAUGUAACAGCGGGGACUCUGUAUCGGUGCAUGGGGAGGUGAUGAGGAGUGCGUGGAGCCGACGCGCCUCCCGGAGAGACUUUGUGGCGGCGCAUUUGGGGAUGAGAUGCGCUCUUGUUAAUGGUGGUGGUGGCAUAAAAAGUCACCUUUUUUUUGGUUGUUAA